GCUUAGUUCACCUUUCAUUUGGUUACUUUCGGGCUCAAGCUGGCUCUAUAUUCAGCUUGCUGUCCUGGAUUCAACCUUGUACCGGCCUGGUCCAUCAUCAUUGUAGUCAGCAUCUUAGGCGACUUCUUAAAUGGUGUCCUUCAUUGAGGAACUCGGCAGCGUCGAAACUCGAACAGCUCGAUCAGAACAAUACCAACAGACGAUCCGAAACCAACAACUAACCAACGAAACGAUGUCAUCUCAAACGAGGGAAGACAACCUGUGGGCACAUCUGCCUCCUCUCCAUACCAUCAAGUCUGAAGAGUUGGUCCGCUACCAGAUUGUUGAUUGGGACCCCAACAACCCUCAUCACCCCCGCUACCUAGCUGGCCAUAUCUUGAUUAAGUCACUGUUCCGUCGCGACCAUUACUACUGGAUCGCAUGCAGUAACCCUCUCCCAAAGGACAAAACGAAAAAUGCACCGCCUAUCAUUACCGUCAGUCCACCAGCUUCAGCACCAACACCUGCUCUGUCUGCGGCUCCACCUUCGACCUCAUCUUCGAUGCCAUCCUCCAACUUCGCAAGCCCUCGAGCUGAUCCACAAGAGCAACAAACUAAGAGUUUUGCGGCUUCUGCAUCAACAAUAGACUCUGUUUCCAGCCCAUAUCCUGCGAUGAAAACUGUUGCGACGAUACCCCCACCUGGAUCGCCAGCAGACAAGAACUACACCGAUCCCGGCACAAUCCCCAUCAAAACCUCUAUAUGUUCUUCACCAUCUGCACCCGAGCCCGGUCAUCCUUCAUUUAGAUCGCAUAAUCCUCCUUCUUCGCUAAGCAAUCAGAAUGGGUCAGCGAAUGAUUGUUCGUCAACGGCAUCCUCUCCUGAUGUACCAACCUCACAAAAGAAGAGAAAACUGAAGGCUACUGAGCAGAAGGGACGAAAUGUACGACCAGACCCAAGUGGUCCUCCUCUCAAGGCAGAUGGCUGGCCUGUCGGUGUCGAGAAACCCGCUGAUGGAUGGGCGAACCUGGGAACAUUUUCAUGGCAUUAUUGGGGUUCAAGCGAACGAGCUGACAAGUCGUAG